AUGAGCGUCGGGGGCCGAAGCCGCGUGGCGCCGCGGCGCUGCGCCAACGGCCUGUGCCGCGUCUGCUGCCUGGCGCAGCUGGCGGGCCUGGAGUGCCGUUUGCACGAGGAUGAUGACGAUUUUCUUCUGUCCGACUCGGAAGAGGAGGGUGCGGACGCAGAUCGACAAGGCUGCGCAGCUCGCUGCGGCGCGCUGGCAGCGACGGAGUGUGAGAAUCACCGCUGCAGCCGCUGCUGCGCUCAGCUGGGUGCCGGGCGCAAAGCCUGCGCAGUGCACCGGGUGGAGGCCUUUGCGGCCUGCAGGAACCUGGCGUGCUCUUCAGCCGCGGAUGAUGGAUGCAGCAACAGGUGCUGCAGCCGUCAUUGCGGGCUCCAGCCGCGGCGCCAGAGCUGCAGCCUGCAUGGCGUAGAGACCGCCCAUGCCAAGACGGGCGCAGGUCCUGCCAGCCAGGCGCCCGGCUGCAGCGCGCCAGGCUGCGGCAAGAAGGUUAUGAGUAGCUGCAGCCAGAAGCGCUGCCGGGCACACUGCCCCGGGCCGUGCCCACUUCACGACAGGUCGAAGCCCGCGGAGGCCGCUGUCCCCGCCCGAUGGCGUUGGCCCUUCACUUGCUGCCGCCGCAAAUCAGACUGA